GGAGGGGGAGAAUCCAAUCCGGUUUGAGCUAGUUUUUCUUCCAAUGGAACAUUAACGUCUCGCUGCGCUGUCUAACAUUGUACUGGCACAGCUUUAUCCUGAAUAUACCACUGUGUUUUCUCCCGUACUGACUUUUAUUUUGCUCGUUUUUCGUCUUUUUAAAAACACACCACACAAACCAACCAUGCCUAAAAGGAGCAAAUCGGCAGCAGGAGGAGAACCAGUAGUCAAAAGGAGAUCUAGCAGGUUGGAAAAUAAACCUGUACCUACAAAGGCUGAGGCCAAACCCAAGCCAAAGAAGGCACCCGCUAAGCCUAAGAAAGCCAAGGAGGUAGAGAAGGCCAAGCCUGAGGAGAAAGAACCCGAGGCCCCUGCAGAGAAUGGCGAAGCCAAAGCUGAGGAAGAGGCACCAGCCACAGAAGCAGCUGAUGAAAAAGAUGAGGCAGCAGAAUAACACCUCUCAAACCGCGUCUUUUACCAGUGCUCCCUGUACCUCUUUUCUUGUACAAUUCAGGGGAAUAUUUUUAUCAACUAUUUUCUAAAUACAGGUUUUUUAGUAGUUUGAUUGUAGAGAACACUUUUUUUUAAUGAAAGAAAAAAAGUCGAUUUGGAGACAGGAAUUUCAUCACAUCCCACAAUUUUGAAUCGCCAUAGAAUAUUGCGGUCAUUGUUGUUACUGUUGGUGGAUUUCAUUUCAGUUUUAAAUGUGAAGGAGGGGAGGGUGAGGGAUAGGUUACAGUGACAACACGCAAGCAUGAUGUUCACAGGAACUGGGUAAACAACGGGAAGAUACUUGCCUGCGUGGAUUACAUUCCAUAUGCUUUAUAAGGGACAUUGUAUGUAAUCUGCUGGGGUGGGGCUGGACAGAGUCACAGGGCAACUCAUUGUUUUAUUGUUUAUGAUGAAGAACAGUGUUUUAGAAUGUUUGUAAGCUUCCUCUAUGUUAACUCUUGUACUCAUGCAGUUUUCUUAACAAAUCUGAUCAAUAAAACCUAAAAUCGCUAGUACUGGAGCUCUCCCUAUCAGAACUGUGCAUCGCGUGUGUUGGUUGUGUCUCUGUUCUGUGAUAGCAUUGCAAUAAAUUUGUAUAGCUGCUGUGACGAGAAUUUUCAAUCUUUCUAUAUGCAGUGUGUCAUGGUACAAUUUCAGGAUGGUAAAAAUGGAAUUUGUUUUCUUAGCCAAGCUAAUGAGGUGUAUAACCUUUAAAAACAUCUGUUGAAACGAGCUUCUUAAAGGCUUGUAGACAACUGUACAUUUAUUUGAGAUGUCAAAUGCAUACCAGCAGUAGCAAUAUUCAUGUGAGUUUUAGGUAUCUGUAUCAAGUACAAGUGUGCAGUUUAUUUUUAUUUGUUUAUAGGUGUACCUGUUUAAUGAUUGUUAUCAACAAAACAAUAAAACUCGGUUGGUAGUUGUUGCA